AUGGUCGAAUAUGGUAAAUGGUGUCACAAGACGCAAUCACAUUGUACGAACAGCCAAGAACCAGCGGGGCAGGCAGGUUGCAGAAUUUACGUGGCGGAGCCCACGGCAGCGCAGCGCCUCCUAAUUCCUCAUUCCUAAAUCCAGACACUGUCUUCUUCUCUCUCUCACUCUCUCAUGGCGUUGAGAUCCAACGGUCGAAAUCUGUCCUUCGAGAUUCUGAGCAGAAACAGUUCCCUCGACGACCAACAUGAUCACGCAAUCUUCCACCGAUCCAACUCAGAUCCCGUUCAAUCCGAUCAAUCCACCAACUCCAAGUUCGCCCGGAGAAAACGCAAGAAGAAGAAGAAGACACCGGCCACCGCCCACGCCUCCAUACCCGAAAGCCCCACCACCAUGUACGGCGUUGUUUCCAACUCCUUCGAUGUCAUUUCCGAAACCACAAACAGAGAAACCGGCGAUGUUCACGGCAACGGAUUGGAAUUCAAUUACAGCGUCCAGACCGUGCUGUUGCCCGUCACAACGGAGGUCGUCGAUCCCGAGUUCCAGGGUUUGCACGGGACCGCCGAGUUGAGGCAGAGGACUGUCAUUGGGAGCGGUGGGGGAGUUGUGGAAGAGACGGAAACGGCAUCGUCUCGCAUUGAAAGCCAGGCCAAGGAGGAGAGGGCGGCGGAGGGGGGUUCGGCGAGUAAGCAGAGGAGCGAGCUCAGUGGGAACGUGAUCCCGAAAUUGCAGACCGCUGAGUCAUUGGAUUGGAAGCGGCUCAUGGCCGAAGAUCCAAAUCAUUUGUUUUCAGUGGACAAGUCGCCAGUGCAGUACUUCAUGGAAGAGAUGUCGAAUGGCAAUGCGUUGCGGAGCACAACCACCCUUGGCAAUGAGAAGGAACGAGAGAGAGUUUACGACACGAUAUUUCGCUUGCCAUGGCGAUGUGAAUUGCUUAUAGAUGUUGGCUUUUUUGUGUGUUUUGAUUCGUUUCUGUCACUGUUGACUAUCAUGCCGACAAGAAUUUUGAUGACUGUUUGGAGGACUAUACAGUCAAGGCAGUUUAAGAGGCCAUCUGCAGCAGAGCUGUCUGAUUUUGGGUGUUUUACUAUAAUGGCUUGUGGAGUCACUCUCUUGGAGCAAACAGAUAUCAGCUUAAUAUACCACAUGAUCCGUGGUCAAGGAACAAUCAAAUUAUAUGUGGUGUACAACGUGUUGGAGAUAUUUGAUAAACUAUGCCAAAGUUUUAACCCAGAUGUAUUGCAAACUCUAUUUAACUCAGCAGAUGGACUUGCAAGCUGUCCACCAGAAAACAUGAGAUUCUGGGUUUGGAGAUUCAUUUGCGACCAAGCUUUAGCUGUGGCUGCCACAAUUAUUCAUGCAUUUAUCUUAUUAGCUCAGGCAAUUACUUUGUCAACCUGCAUAGUUGCUCACAAUAAUGCCUUGUGGGCUUUGCUGGUGUCCAAUAAUUUUUCUGAGAUAAAAAGCAAUGUGUUUAAGCGAUAUAGCAAGGACAACAUUCAUAGUCUGGUAUACUUCGAUUCAGUAGAGAGAUUCCACAUUUCAGCAUUCGUCUUAUUUGUUUUAGCUCAAAACAUUCUUGAGGCUGAAGGUCCCUGGUUUGAAAGUUUCCUUUCUAAUGCUCUCAUAGUAUACGUCUGUGAGAUGAUUAUCGAUAUCGUAAAGCACUCAUUCAUUGCUAAGUUCAAUGACAUUAAGCCUAUUGCUUACUCGGAGUUUCUUGAAGACCUAUGCAAGCAGACUUUAAACAUACAAUCAGAGGGUUCAAAGAAAAAUCUUACGUUCAUUCCUCUGGCACCAGCUUGUGUGGUCAUCCGAGUGCUUACUCCCGUAUAUGCUGCUCACCUUCCCUACAGUCCCCUUCCGUGGAAACUAUUUUGGACUCUCGUCCUUUUCGCGAUGACGUAUGUCAUGCUGACAAGCCUGAAGGUGUUGAUAGGCAUGGGCCUCCAGAAACAUGCCAGUUGGUACGUCAAUAGGUGCAAAAGGAGGAAACACCAUCUUCAUUAUGAUUGAUCGUAAAGAAGGGAAGUCUUUUGCUUUUCACAUAUCAGUAUUAUUCUGUCAAUUCCGCUCAAGGAACCCCAACGAACAAGUUGAAGAUCGGGGUUCCUGUCGAAUUCUGCGCAUUAGACCAUCCGAGGGCUGCAAACGAAGAUGGGGUUCGGCUAGAACAUCACGUAGCCUAUGUAGUCUAAUUAUGCAUGGUUAUUACCAUCCAAUUUUGUUACAAAACAAAGGUUUAAUGUAAGAUAUCGUGAAACCAACAAUAAUCUCCGCUAUUUCGGAGCACUUCAAUUCUUCUGGCAAGCAUACUUUUAUGGAGCGCAUCGAAUUUUUGACC